GCUGUCGGUAAUUCUUCUUUCUUUCUCUUAACUCCCACCUAAAUGUAGUCCACAAGUGCGUACCACGUUAAACUGCCAGACCGACGGUCCACUCCUCGCACAUACAGCGGAAGAGUGGGCGGCCUUGGAGAGGGCACUACGAGAGGUUUUUCAAAUAGCGGUCGGCGGCCUCGUUAAACCCGGCAGCGAGAAAGGAGGACGGUGGCCCCCUAUGCCUUCCACGCUGAGGCUUACGUGCAAAACGACUCCGUCUUGGUGAGCACUCCGGAAGGGGCGCUUCUGCUGUCCAACGCUCGACUAAGCAUGUGCGACUUCGCAGUAUCCCCGACAUGGUGACGUGUUGGAGUAGUGUUACAUGCAGCACUGCCGCCAGGGAGGCAGACUUCAGGGCUGAAGACGCACAACGAACGGCCGAAGCGCUCAUUUCGGUGAAGGACGCAGAAGCCGAUGUGCGCAUUCUCAACGACAACAUCGCCUUUUUGCAAAAAGGAACUCGACUGCGAGCUUGGGCGCGGCACCGAGCUGACGGCCAUGCGGAAUCAGCUCCUCGGUGA